UUUGUGGCUUAUUACAGCACUUACAGUAAAGCAUAAUGCUUGCUAAUUAGACAGUGUAGUCUUUUUAUAAACAUCUUUCUUUUUACGUAACAAGUGAACUAGCUCUCAUUCUGAUACAGGAGGGAGCCGGGAUUGGACAUGUCUCAAGUAGUACUCAGUCGUGUGUGUGUAUUCCCUUGAUUCACAACUCUUAUGGAGCAUGUGAAUCCCUUAGGCUCCCAUCUUAUUUGGCUUCUGUAUUUCUGGUUAAACAUCUUUUGCUCAGGGAAUUCCUCUGGCUCUGAGGACAAAGAGGCCUUCCACACUGAGAGGUGGGGAGGGAAGGGAAUCGUGUUCAUUUUACACAAAGUCUGGUUAAUUCAGUUAACCAGAAUGAGUGGACUCUUACAUGAAUAUUGUCCUUGUUUUAAAAACAAAUGCUUGAGGUCACAGCAUUCCAUUUUAUGACUUUGCUACAUAGAUUUCCCUGUUUGAAAGAGGGGGAAAAAAAUCUCAGUGGGAUCCUCUUUGUCCCCUCAUGCAAAAUAAUCUUUGUAAAUACAUGUUAACAUUUACAGGCAUAACUGUGCUCUUAAAGUUUACAUUAAUCACUUUUCAGCUGAAUUUGAUCUUUUCUGUGAAACAUCUCUCUCAACAGCUCUGUCUAUGCUUCAGUACCAUGGUGGCUUAUAAUAUCAGAUGCAUUCAGAAAUGUGGCUUGUACAAUCAAAGCUAGCUAGCUAGAUCGUUUUCUCUGUUUCAGUGGCUGCCUUCAGGAGUGGAUAUUUCAAUUCAAUGUCAGAUUGCAUUCCUUAAUCUAUGCUUGCUUCCAGCUGUAGCUGCUGACUAACAAUACGGCGUUGUGGCCUGCAUAACUUAAUUCCAAAGGCUUUUCAUUAAACACUUGCUGGGUACAUGAAUAAAAAUAGAACCACCAUAAAACUUUCAUGUUUAGUUACUAACAAGGUAUGGAUCAAAUGCACUAUUGGUGGUGGUGGGGGGUCCUUAAAUUAGUGAGUGAAAAGACCACCUUAAACAAUUUCUUGCUUCUCUGUUCCUUGUUAAGUUACUAGAGUCACCUGCAUGAAAACAAUUGUUGCAUCAAAGUAAACUUGUUUCUGUUACUUAAUCCUUGAAGUAGCAUGGUAGAGACAUUUUCAUAGCCCCUUGUGAGGUCACAAUGGAGCAAGUGGGUGGUGGGGAGAAAAUGUGGUGGUUUUAUUUUUUUUUUUUGAAUAACUGUCUAAAAAUAUUACAUAUUUCUAGGCAACUCUCCUUAGCAACAAGUCUGACUUUUUCCCCAAGAGAUUGGGGAUCAUAUUUUUCUGUUGAUAACAGAUAUCAUCAACUCUUCUACGCAGAUGGUAGUAUAUGUCUGGAUAUUCUUCAGAAUCGUUGGAGUCCUACCUAUGAUGUGUCCUCCAUCUUAACAUCCAUACAGUCUCUGUUGGAUGAGCCGAAUCCCAACAGUCCAGCAAACAGUCAAGCAGCUCAACUAUACCAAGAGAAUAAGCGGGAAUAUGAAAAACGGGUUUCUGCAAUAGUAGAACAGAGUUGGCGUGAUUGUUGACCCUGGAUGAUGCAAAUGAACACUCUGGUGAUGAGGAAAAUAUAUAUGAAGUGUCUGAGUCAUCUUCCUCCUAGCAUCAUUGCAUUUACUUUGAACGCAAACUAGCUGUUGUGCUGUUGCCACUCUCCCUUGCUGAAGCUUCCCUUCCUUGGACAUCAGAAAGCACCCAUUUUGAAGUCAAAUGUACUGUACUUGGGUUACUUGCAAAAUUACUGAAUAAUUCAUUUUUUGUGGUCCCUCUUCUCCAGUCUUAGGGCAGUAUUGUGCAUUUCUGUAGUGUACACUAAGCUUUUAAUUGUAAUUGUGUUAUACACAGUGAUGCUUAUGUGUAGCUUGAUAAAAGGGAUGUUUAUAUACAUAUAUACAUUUUUAACUGAUAUUACUAGAGUGCUGAUCUGUCCAGGCUGGUCACUUACCUCUACUGUUGGUUUUAGACCCCACUGCAUUUGUAAGUACUGCAGGAAGAAUUAACUUUUCCCUGGUCUUACUGGGUUGUCAACUGUUUAGAAAUACAAAACAACUGAUUCUGAUCCAACUAAUCAAAUAGUGGAAAAUGGGAGAUAGUGGCUACUUCUGCACUUCAGGUGUAAGAGAAGGUAUGAUUACUGUUAUGGUACUUGAGGUGACAUGCAAAGUACCUCCUUUUUAUUUACAAAAAUAGGGUUUUAAAGGAUAUGCCUAUGAGGAUAUUGAUGAAAUAGGUUACUUUAGUCCUCUCAGUGAGGCACUGACUGGAUAUACCCAUGUUGAGCUGUUGUACUUAAGUUCAAAAUCUUGUUAACUUUGCUAUUUUGAGUAAUAAAAAAAAAGUAGGAAAAAACAAAAUGCUUCAAGGCUGGGAUAUCACGUUCAUUAGUACUUGAUUCCCUUAAAACAUCUCCAGAAUACAACUCUGUGGUGGAAAGUGAGUUAAGAAUGGUGAGAGGGGGCACUUGAAGCUGUGCAGUUCCUGCUCUUUGUAUAUUACUAGUGGGGGUACUGUGUGUGAGAGCAACAGCCAUGUGCCUGUUAGUUUCCACCCAAUUUAAUGAAAAUAUCUUUCCAAGUUUGAAAAGGUAUAGUGAGUUUGGGUUUACAUUCUUUUGCAAGGCUAAGUUUGUAAAUUUUGGAGGCAGUACCUUUUUAAACAGCAGUGUGGGAUGAGACCUAUAACUCUGUCCACUGUCCCCAUGUCUUAUGUGCACAUUGGUCUGUUGAAGUAUAACUUUGCAUAAGUAACCCAUGUAAGAAACUGUACAUUUUUCAAAACUUGUAAAUAAAAGUGUAACCUUAUAUCCUUAUUGUA